AUGUUGUUCCAUUUUUUUGUUUGCUUUGUAGCAUUUUUAACGAAAUUAACAUUUCAAAAGCAUAUACCUUAUUCUAACAUUGCACCGCUUAUUGGGCACAUCAAUUUUAUCGUGCCGACAUCGAAUUUGUUAAACAGCUGUGUUCUCCUUUCAAGUCGCAACGGCAAUGUGGGGUUUCUAAAUUACAAGACAGGUACCCUCGAUUAUUUGGAAAACUAUCGGGAAAAUGAGAAAGUGAAAAAAGUGCACGGAGAUGACAAUUACGCAGCUGUGUUGAUUUAUAGAAAUCCUUUGGAAGAAAAUGAAGUUGAAGCUAAUUACACAUAUGAUGGAGAACCCUAUUCGUACAUUAACGUGUACAGCACGAUGGACACCCAUCUGCUGAAUUCCUUUGAGCAUAAGAACGAAAUAAUUGAAGACUUUUUAAUUAACGAAGAGGAAAUAUUUAUCCUCCUGAACAACAGAAUAGAUAUAGGCAAUAUAAGCAACAACACAAUAAACUCGUUAAUUUUUAAAGACCUAAAUUUAAAUUGCAUUUAUGCCAAAAUUAUCGGAGUUGAUAACUUGAAAAUAUCUUUAUUUUAUGUGGAUGCUGAAUUCAUGGGACAUGUAGUAAGGAUCAAUGUUGUAAAUAAGAGUUUAGAAAAUGAUAUAAAAAUUAGCCAACUUAAGCUGAACGACAAAAUGGUUAAUUACGUGAAUGUAGUGAAGAACAUUAAUGUUAUUGUAGUGUAUAAUAAGGAGGUCCUGCACUGGGUAGAAUUAGUAGAAGGAGGAAAUAAAUACAACUAUGGGUCUGUGUCAAUAGCUGGGUAUAAUGACAAAGCGAACAAGGACGAGACAAAUGAAGGUGCAAAUUGUGCAAAUACAAAUGACAUCUCUGGAAAGCAUAGACUCUUUAGGGAUGACUCUAUGGCUCAGUGGAACAUAGAAAAUUGCUUCGUCGUAAAGAUAGGGCAGAACCAACUUGUGUACACCUACAAGGAUAAGAAAAUGCAAUUGGUAAAAGGGAAAGACAAAAAUGAAGUCAUAGGAUACUACAUAAAUCAGUAUAAAAAAAAGGAUAUUAUAUUUGCAGAGGAUAAGGGAAGCAAAAUUAUUAUUAAAAGAGCAGGGAAGGAAGGAAUUGCUCCUCUAAAUGUUCUGAACAAAAGUAGUAACGUAUACUACAAUGGAGAAAUGAUAAUCGGUUUACAUAAUAAGGAAGAAAAUGCCAACUACUUUUUUAGUGUGUAUAGUGAUUCAUCACUCACUGUGUAUAAAAAUGACCACGUCCAUUAUUCAAGAGAAGAAUCGCUAGCUUACAUAGAGCACCUGUAUUUUUACAAUUUUCAACAUUUGAAAAAAAAAAGUAAAAAACAUUCCUAUGACACAACACAAUUUUAUUUAAUGCAAGAAUUGGAGAGAUACAUAAAGGAUAAAAUAAAUUCAUUUAACAAACCUGUACUAGAAGAAGUUAUGAAGAAAAAAGCGGAAAAAUCGUUGCUGCCAUUUAACUUUUUUUACCUAUCACAUGAGGAUAAAAUGAACUUGCUGAAUAUUUGCAUGGAGAAAAAGAAAAAGGCUGAUUCGUUAGCUAACUAUGGAAGGGAGAGAAAGCCAUCCUACGGCAAGGAUACCUGGGGUGACACAUAUAGCAUGCACGGCAGGGAACAUACGUCCAAUCUAAUGAAUGACAUGAUUGAAUAUUCGUUUAAAAAGUACGAACAAAAUCAGAGCGGUAAAUACGCAGGAAGCUCGGUAAUUCUCGUCACCACACGCAACAAUUUUAUCUUUGCCAUACAUCUAUACACAGGUCUUAUACUAUACAAAAUUGAUGGCAAUAAAUUUAAAGGCGCAAAGGAAAUAUAUUCUCCACAAUGGAACUAUGAAAGGGUCUUCAGUUUGAAUAAGGACAACUGGUCCGAAUUAGACAACGGCAAGAAAAUAAUCUUCCUGAAUAAUAAAAAGGGGCAAGCCACAUCGAGGAGGGGUAACUCCACUAGCACAAACGAAUCUAGCAAAAAGCAAACAAGCAAAAAACAGCCCGGCAACACGGAAAUCCUAAAUUAUAGCAACGGAAUUCACCUAUUUAAAAGCUUCACCAAAGACACCAUAAUUACAAUCUUUAAAGGGGACAAAUGUGCACAUAUAGUUAUAUUUGAUAUAUUAAGUGGAUCUAUCAUUUUUGAAGAGAAACUUGAGUCCUUUGAAAUUAAGAACAUUUUUAUCGACCGCAAAAGCUCAUCAAUCUUGGCGGUGGAUGACUCACUAAAUGUGAAAGUGGUGCCCGUUGCGGGGGGAAGCUUAGCUAGCGGCACAGAGGAUGAUCUAUUUUUUUACCGCAUAAAUGGGGCUACAAACUUCAUUGAAGGCUUCAAAGUGACUAACUUUCCCCAAAAAAAGGGACUCGGCAACGAUAUGGGGCUAAUAAUGACAUAUUCCAUAAAUCUGCACAAUGAGAAAUUGGAGGUUUUUGCCAAUUCCAUAACAAAGAAGGACACCUUUUACCCAAUAAAAAUAAAUAAAGACGCGUCUAUAUGCUACAAGUACGUGAAUGAUAACAUCAUAUCAUUUAUAACAAGCACGGACCAGAAGGAGGGCAUCAUAUAUACACUGUAUAUCAUUGAUGGAAUUACUGGAGAUCUUAUUAUUUCUAAAAUGUUGGACAGACACACCAACCCACCUUUCCAUUUAAUGAUAAGUGAAAAUUAUGUCAUUCUGAAUUAUUUUAAUGCAAAACUGAAAAAAUAUAUUAUUCAGGUCAUUGAAAUAUUACUGGAUAAGAAAGACCCCGGAUUUUUCAACUUGAUAACUUCGAAAAAAGAAAAAAUUGUUGAUUUAUUUGACCAGAAGAAGAAAAUCAUCGUAAAUGAAAAAAAUUAUAUCAUUGAUCAUAACGUCAAAUCUUUUAAUUUUACCGAAACGAAAAGAGGAAUAACGAAUAAACAUCUUUUGCUACUUCUUGAUUCGAACAAAAUAACCUCCUUAAAUUUAGGGCCAGAGAAAGAUAAAAAUGUGUACAAAAAUUUGAACUCCUUUAUUACCCAAACGGAUAUUUUAUACAAUUCUAGGGGGUUCAUAUCUAAUGACAGUUUGUUAGAAUCUACUACGCUUGUAUUUUCCUGGGGAAACCGUCUGUAUUUUACUUGUUAUCAGCCGAACGGAUCAUUUGACACUAUUGAAAAUUUUAAUUUACUUCUUCUUCUCUUUUUAAUCAUUUUGGUGUUUAUUGGUACGUACAUAUCUUACAUAAGGAGAAUAAACAAAACUAUGUAUUCCAAGUGGGCCUGA